AUGAGUUAUGAUAUUACUUUUGAUGCCGACGACUCUCAUCCAUCCCACGCCUGUUCUCAAGCUGCUAAUGUAAAUCGCACGACUAGUGGCAUAAAAACACGAUGGUUUGUACCUCUGCGCAGACACCACAUCAAAUUAUUUCGUGGAACGCUUUCCAAGGAACCGGAACUGGUGGAACCGAUUCAGAACGUAACCGUGGUGGCAGGAAGAGACGUCAAGUUGUCUUGCGUCGUGGAUAACCUCGGCACUUACAAGGUGGCGUGGAUCGCCUUCGACAAGUCCGCCAUCCUGACGGUGCAGGACAGCGUGAUCACCCGGAACCCGCGAGUGAGUGUCUCCCACGACGGCCAACGCACCUGGACGCUGCACCUGUCCAAGGUCAACGCCUCUGACGCCGGGACCUACAUGUGCCAGGUCAACACCAUCGUCGCCAAGAGUCAGCUGGGCAUCUUGAAGGUCGUGGUGCCGCCUUACAUCGUGGACAACCGUAGCUCUCGAGACAUGAUGGUGCAAGAGGGUGCCAGCCUUAACCUCACCUGCAGUGCCACGGGGACGCCUCCUCCCUCUAUCACAUGGCGUAGGGAAGACCACAUGAAAAUCAACAUCAAUAAGACAUACCAAACUACGGAGUACGAAGGAGCCAGCCUGCCUCUCGCCAGGGUGAGCAGAAUGGACAUGGCUGCCUAUCUUUGCAUCGCUCGUAACGGCGUCCCUCCUAUUGUCAGCAAGAGGAUUCAAGUCAGUGUAAAUUUCCCGCCCAUGAUGAGUAUCCCGCACCAGCUCGUGGGCGCUCCCUUGGGUUACAGCAUCACCCUGGAGUGCACUAUCGAGGCUCACCCUCCCGCCCUCACCUACUGGACAAGGGGACAGGAUGUCAUGCUACAUCAGAGCAACAAGUACCAUAUUGACGAAAAACCCGGGGAAGUGUCAUACCUCACGCACAUGAAACUCACCAUCAGCAACCUGAAGAAGAGUGACUUCGGUUCCUACAAGUGCGUGGCCAAGAACUCGCGCGGAGAAACGGAGGGACUCAUCAAGCUCUAUGAGACUGAUCCACCGACGCCUACACCCACCAAUCCCCCAUCUUACCUCGAUAAGCUGUUUAAAGAAUUCCACUACAAGACGACGAACAGCGUAGGAGGGAAAGGGGACAAAAUGAUGCUGGAAAACCAAGCAGCAAAGUCGAAAGUACAGCUUAAGGCAAUAACCCUACAUCACAGACUGACGGUGUUGCAGCUCGAGAUCCCCGAUAUAAUUCAAGGUCGUGCUGGAGCCAAGCUGGGAGAUAAUGCUCGGGGGUCAAGGGUGAAAUUAUAA